GACCAAAUCACGAGAGUAAAAGCAUCUAGGAAUAUCAUGCUCUAUACUUAGCCCACUCGAUUUCCUGCUGAAGUCGAAUUUCUCCCAUUCCUGUCAGCCCUCCAGGAUCAGCAGACGGCAGCGGUCUCCCUAGUUUCUUCUGGAAACUUUCCACGGUAGAACCCCAAAACAGUGGCCAGCGGUCCCCAAGGCAGGUUCUCUCCUGCUGUGUGGUUAAUGAAGCUAGUAGGCGGGCAGCUUCCCCCCCGGUUGCCAUGGAAGCGGCCAGGGCCGCUGGCCCUCUGAAACCGGAAAACAACGGCAAGUGCAUUCCAUCCUGCCUUGAAAUUAAACCAGCUGUCAAGCCAGGGUGAAGAACCAGGCGGAGGUCCGCAGCGUGGAAAAGCAAGCCUCACGUUGGAACUCCCAGACAUGAGGAAAUAAGUCAGAUGAUAGCGAACAGUUUUGCGCCCACUGUAUAAACCCAAGGAGAUACGGAUCAUACCAGGAUCACGGUGAAUCCUGUGUCACGCCUCUCACUGUGAACUGUUUGAGUUGCAAUGAACUGGCUCACGAAGGGGAGACACAACCUUGCGGGCCCACGCUGAGACAAGAAUGGCCCCGCCUUCUGGGCACAGCCUCCUGCUGACCAGCGCCCUGGGCAUCCUUGUGCUGGGUUGCUUCACAGGAGGUCAGAGGAACAGCACUCUGAUCUUCACGAAGGAAAACACCAUUCGGAAAUGCACUUGCUCCGCGGACGUCCGGGACUGUGACUACGCUUUGGCCAACUUGAUGUGCAGCUGCCACACCGUCCUGCCUUCCGCAAUAGAGCAAACCAGCUACGACGACCGUCUGACCAUCUGGUUCACAGAUGCGUCUGCACUGGGCCUUCUGCUGAACUUCACGUUGGUCCGGGACCUGAAGCUUUCUCUGUGCAGCCCCAACACUCUCCCCGCCGAAUACCUGGCUAUCUGCGGUCUGGAGAGGCUUCGGGUCAACACCGAGGCCAGGCGGCCGUUGCCAGAGCAGAGCUUACUCAUCCACGAUGGCAGGGAAAGUGAACCCGGCGAGAAGCCCGCGCGGUUACCCGGAGGCCGGCCUACAUGUAUGUGUAUCUCAUUCUUAGAUGUGGCGCUUUUCAAUGGGAAUUCAUCCUUAAAAGCAUACAGUAUAGAAAACGUUGCCAACACCACCAACCAUUUCCCCCACUUUUCUUACUUUGAAACCUUCCCAAUUUUGAGCAACCAAAGCUAUGUUGUCACGUUCAUUUACUAACGUCGUCAAAGGUUCCAACCGCCAGGAACUUUGGCAAACUGUGGAGAACUUGAAAAGGAAUCUGGGAACCAGGCCAUGGGUAUCCUUACCUUCAACUUCACCUGUCCGCCCAGCCCCCAUUCACAUAUACACAGCCCAUAUACACAGCCAGCCCUCUCUGCUCUGCUCCGAGCCCAACCAUGGGAGCUGUUCGGAAAAACAAAAUAAAUACAAAGAAACAAACAAAAAACAAACCCCAAAACACAAAGCAAAAAAAAAAAAAAAAAAAAAAAAAAAAAAAACCUACUUCAGUCCAGAACGUCUUGUGAGCCAGCUAGAGGCCAGGCCCGGGCUCCCGGGGGUCUGGGCAGAAACAUCAGAUGGGGAAUGGAGAAAGCAGGCCACGUCAAGGACUGCUUAGCGGGACUCAGCACAGGGGAUGACGCCCCAAGGAAGAUUAUCUUCCUUCCAAACACUGCCUUAGUUUCUUUUCUCUUGCUUCGUUUUGUUACACUGGACUGGAAUUCCCCUAAGAAGAGAACGCUAGAUUUCAGAUGCUUCAGGACUAUGUGUUCCACAAAAUGAUUCGGUUCUCUUUAGACUGAUGUUUUCCAAAGACCUUGCUAGACACGUCUGCACCGAGAAAGGGGAGUUUUGCGAGUGGAACGGGCCUGGUGAGGGUGGGACCUUAGGACCAAAGGAGAGCACUGGGCUUUGAGGAGUGUGAUACAGAAACGAAAAGUCAGGGGACACAAAAACCGAUGGCAUAGAUCUCAACAUUUUGCUUACAGCAAGACCUAAACCCAGGGAGUUUCUCUUGUGGACCUUUUGCUUUCAUUCUUUCUGUCUUUGCCUUCCUCCGUCUUGGUCCCCGGUGUAUCGCUUCGGCUUUUUCUCCCCCUCCCCCUCCUCCCUCCACUCCAGAAAUAAGAACUACAUUUAACAUCACUAGGGGCUAGUCUGGGAACCUAAUAAUCAUUUAGAAUGUGGUUCUUAUGGGCACAAAUGCUCAUACUACUAAAAUAUAAUUAACAAAAGAAUGUUUA